AUGCCAGCACUGUACAAGUCUUCCGAAACCCGAGAUCUGAUAACUGCUCUGCACCCGGAACCGAACUGUCCAAAGAUGCCAGCACUGUACAAGUCUUCCGAAACCCGAGAUCUGAUAACUGCUCUGCACCCGGAACCGAACUGUCCAAAGAUGCCAGCACUGUACAAGUCUUCCGAAACCCGAGAUCUGAUAACUGCUCUGCACCCGGAACCGAACUGUCCAAAGAUGCCAGCACUGUACAAGUCUUCCGAAACCCGAGAUCUGAUAACUGCUCUGCACCCGGAACCGAACUGUCCAAAGAUGCCAGCACUGUACAAGUCUUCCGAAACCCGAGAUCUGAUAACUGCUCUGCACCCGGAACCGAACUGUCCAAAGAUGCCAGCACUGUACAAGUCUUCCGAAACCCGAGAUCUGAUAACUGCUCUGCACCCGGAACCGAACUGUCCAAAGAUGCCAGCACUGUACAAGUCUUCCGAAACCCGAGAUCUGAUAACUGCUCUGCACCCGGAACCGAACUGUCCAAAGAUGCCAGCAUUGUACAAGUCUUCCGAAACCCGAGAUCUGAUAACUGCUCUAAAACUAGAUAUACUCCGAGGUACUGUCUAUAACAUAUUCAACAGUUAA